AUGUUCUCCGUCGUGGUCCCCGGCCGCCCGUGCAUAACAGACAUCAUCGCAGUAGACAGCCAACCAAACGGCCAAGCCACCAAAUUCGCCUUCACAAUCCCACUCACCACCCCCUUCAGCGAGAUAGUAGUCUUCUUCCUCCCCGGUACAACCCUCCCGCCAACCACCGGCGCCGCAAUCUACGCCCAACUCCCGGACCCAACAACCGGCCAACCCUCAGACUUCCGCUUCAUCGGCGCCCUGGCAAACGACAAUCCCUCAGGGAUCUUCAAAGUGCGUCCUGCAACAUCGACACAACGACGCUCCGAAGCCGAGGAGGAAGAUGAUAUGCUCGACGAGGGCGCCGGUGCAGCAACGGGCGUUUUGACGCUGGGUAUCUCGAUUGAAGAAGCGCAGAACAUUGCGCCGCAGCUUGCUGCGCUGGAGGCGGCUAAGCCUUCGAAUCAGAUGUCUAUGGCGCUGGUGCCGCAGAAUGCUGCGCAGAGACAAGUCUCGACGAAGGUGCUGGCGCAGCGUAUCAUUGGCAAUGCGUUCAAUUUCCUGGCUAGCUUUGCUUCGUCGGAUAAGGGGCAGGAUGUCGUGCCGCUUAAGAGCUUCCAUGAUUGGUGGGCGAAGUUUGAGAGGCGCAUUGAGGUUGAUCCUACUUUCUUGGAGCGGGAAGAUCCGAAUGCUACGUGA